AUGACGCUCACAGCCUCGAAUGCAUUGCUGAGCUUUGGUGGCAUACUUCUGUUAGCUUCAUUACGAGCUGAAGCCGCGUUGUCAGUCACACUCAAUGGUACCCCCUGUUCCGUUGACAAUAUCGUGACUCGAGAUGUUUGUAUCAUAGGGGGAGGGUCCACGGGCACGUAUUCAGCUAUCCGCCUCUCGGAUUUGGGAAAGACAGUCAUGGUUGUUGAAGAAAAAAACCGACUGGGCGGCCAUACUGAAACCUACCACGAUCCUGUUACCGGAACUCCUCACGACUAUUCAGUCGUCGUCUGGCAUGACCUUGACAUCGUCAGGAACUACUUCGCUCGUCUGAACGUGUCGUUGGUGAAAUCAAGCGCUGGUGGUUCAGGAGCCAAACAAUACUUCGACUUUCAGACCGGAAAGCCUCUUCCUAACUAUUCCCCAGGUGACCCUACACCUGGCUUGGCUGCAUAUGCCGCCCAGCUGGCGAAAUAUCCUUAUGUGGAGGAGGGAUUUGACCUUCAUUACCCUGUACCGUCUGACCUAUUGCUUCCUUUUGGGCAGUUCGUCAAAAAGCAUAAUCUUCAGUCCAUGGGGAGUUUGAUCUUCGGGUUUGCUCAAGGGCUGGGAGAUGUGUUCGCACAGCCAACACUUUACGUGAUGAAGAAUUUUGGAUCUGAUAUCCUCAAAAAUAUCAAAACCGGGUUUCUCACUACGGCAGAACAUGACAACAGCCUCCUAUACGAGCACGCUACAGCUGAUCUUGGUCCAAAUGUCCUGCUAAACAGCCAAAUUCUGGCGGUAGACCGGAGUGACCGAGAGGAAGCUAAGGUGCUUGUGAAAACACCAUCGGGGGUCACAUUGGUCAAAUCCCGCAAAUUAGUCUUCACCAUCCCGCCAAAACUGGAGAAUUUAAGGGGUUGGGAUCUGAGCGCGCUUGAACGCUCAUUAUUUCGGCAAUUUUCAAAUUCUGGGUACUACACAGCUAUUCUCCGCAACUCUGGGCUUCCUAGUAACCUCAGUCUUGUGAAUGUCUCACCCCACACCGAGUACAACCAUGCUGCCCUCCCAGGUUUAUACGGCAUUACUCCCACUGGAAUUGAGAACCUUCUCGAUGUAAAGUAUGGGUCUGUCAAUGGAUUACCAGACGAUCAAGUCAAAAAGGAUAUCCUCUCAACAGCAGCGAGACUUCAAGUCCCAGGUCGAACGACCGGCAACCCAGAGUUGGCCGUUUACUCGCGUCAUACACCGUUUGAGUUGACGGUGCCGCCAAAAGCAAUUGCUGGUGGCUUCUAUAAACGGUUAUACGGUCUGCAAGGCCAGAGACAUACAUACUACACUGGAGCAGCAUUCCAUACCCAUGAUUCGUCGUUACUUUGGCAGUUUACCGAGGCAUUGCUGCCUAACAUCACUGCCGUCUAA